AUGGCAGACGAAAUGGCGGUUUCCAUUAAGUGUUCGAAAAGCGUAUAUCCGUUUCACCACGGCAAAUAUGAAGAUUUCGAGCCUAUCUUCCAGAAACUGAUCGAGGAUGAUGUGAACGAUGCCUACAGCGACAAAUACACCGAGUAUUUCCUGCCUACAGCACGAAGAUUGGUGGACGAGGCAAUGUCAUGUCAGUCUUCGGAUCGGAAACGAGCUAUUGAGCUGUAUGAACGUGCAGCAUGCGUGUUCCGCAUAUCCAGGUUUCCAUCUGUGGAUGGAGACGAGACUGGCUUCAAGAGACAGAUAUUCAAUGAGCAGGUACAGGUAUACUUAAGAGGUGCAAGUCUAUGGGAUGCGCCUCUCAAACAGAUCAUCGUUCCUCAUACUGCUGCAGCGGGCAGCGAUGGUAAGGAGAUACCUGUGUUUGUUAGAAUCCCCAGUGCAGCAAGUGCUAGCAAGAAGUGUCCUGUUGUCCUACUCAUGACGGGCUUGGAUGGGCAUAGACCAGACAAUACAGGUAGGUCCGACGAGUUUCUCAGGCGUGGCUGGGCAUCUGUAAUAGUUGAAAUUCCUGGCACGGCCGAUUGCCCGAGCGAUAGACGAGAUCCCAAGUCCCCAGACCGCCUAUGGACAUCCGUGCUUGACUGGAUCGCAGAUCAACCUCAAUUCGAUGCUUCUCGAGUCCUUGUUUGGGGUCUAUCAGCUGGAGGCUACUACGCAAUCAGGGCUGCCCACACUCAUCACGAUCGCCUGAUAGGGUCAAUCGGUCAAGGCGCUGGUGUACACCUCUUCCUCAGCAAGGAGUGGCUCAGUCGUGUCGACUACCACGAAUAUCCUUUUACUCUAUCGCAUGCUUAUGUAAAGAAGUAUGGAUACAAAGACUGGGAUGAACUCCUCGAGAAAGCUCAGGAUGACUUCAGCCUGGUCAAGAGUGGCCUGCUCGAUUCUUCUUGCUGCCGGUUACUCCUCGUCAACGGUACGUGGGACGGCCUCAUGCCGAUUGAGGACAGUAUGCUGCUCAUGAACUAUGGCAGGCCGAAGGAGGCCAGGUUUUACGAGAAGAUGCUGCACAUGGGCUACCCACCAGCCAAUGGUUCGAUCUAUCCAUGGAUGGAAGAGGUGAUGGCAAGCAAGGCAUAG